AUGGAGAAUGAAUUUCUUAAUAAAGUCGAGGAUAAUUCGGCCGUCCGUGCAUGGUCAGAGCAGUUACAAUCAGAGAAAGGGGAUAGCCUGGUAGAAGGAUAUACAUCGGGGUUGUGGAGCUUCACCCGCAUCAAUGUAGAUAAGCAUUUGUUCCGAGCUAUGGCCCAGUUUUGGAAUUCUGCCUAUAGUUGUUUCACUUUUGGGGAGGUAGACUUGGUGCCCACCGUGGAGGAAUAUACUACCUUGCUGCGAUGUCCAAAAUUUCAAGUCAGCAAAGCUUAUACUAAGGUUUUUAAUGGCCCAACUUUUGUGAAGAAGUUAAUGAAUAUUAUCGGGAUGAGCGAGCAUUGGGUUGUUGCUCGAGUUCAACAAAAGGGAGAUGGAAAAUGUAUUCCUUGGGAGAAUUUGAGAGAUUUGAUUUUAGCAUAUCUAGAUGAAAGAAAAAAGGUUGACAUCUUCGCUUUGAGCAUUUAUGGUUUAGUAAUUUUUCCUAAAGCUUUAAGGCAUGUAGAUGAAGCCGUCACUGAUUUGUUCGAUCGUCUUCCUAAAGGAACCACACCUGUACCUGCAAUAUUAGCUGAGACGUUCAGAUCCUUGAGCACGUGUCGGAGGGUGGGCGAAGGUAGGUUUAUUGGAUGUGCGCAGCUAUUGUUGGUGUGGUUUCAUGGUCACUUUUGGAAGGUGAACAAGGUCUCUUACCGGGUCUUUUCUGAAAGUUACUCCCCAUUAAAGGAAGAGGCAGCUAUGCAAAGGAGAGAUGAUAUUUCAAAGGAUUGGUGGAUGGAGAUUCUUCAAAAUUUCAAAAAGGAGGAUAUAGAGUGGAGAGCCUUUUGGAUGGUCCCUAAUGAGAUUCUUUCUCGAUGUGGAAAAUUUGAUUGGGUACCAUUGCCAGGGAUUUGGGGAGCCAUUGGAUAUACUCCUUUACUUGCAUUAAGGCAGUAUAAAUCGAAGCAGUUUAUACCCACAGCUUAUGGGUUUGCUCAGUGUGAAUUCUCAUAUAAGGGUGACCAUUAUAAGAAGAAGGUUCAAGAAAUGUUUGAUACUUGGAAGCAAGCUCACUGGAUGAAGAGGUUGGUUGUUUGUUCCAUGACGACACCUGAAUACAAGGGAUGGUUUGGUAAGAGGGUCAAUGAUAAUAUUCCUAGGCCAAGUUUGGAGGGCACUCAAUCAACGGAAGAACAAUUGCAAGUUGCCCUGUCAGAGUUGGAAAUUAUAAACAGGACUUUGAAAAUAAGAGUUCGAGCUUGGGAAGAGGAUUGA